UGGAUCCCUUUGUUCUCCAGCCCUUUAGCUCUCACCUUGCAGGGGGGAAGAGCCCAGGUCAUCAGCUGCCAGGAAACAGGGUGUUGGCCCUUCUCUGUGUCCAGACCCCUGCCCACACCUGCUUUCUAGGGCUUUGCAGUGAUCAUACAUCCUUGUCCCACCCCCAGUUACUUAAGAACUGCCUAGGGGAAACUGAGGCACUCCCACAAUAUUCAGACGAAACAUUAAAAACAGUCCCGCUUCAUCACAGCCAAUGCUGUCUGUUCUCUGGCCUGACCAAGGCUUUCCUGCACUGGGUCCGGUCAGCUGAUAAACCCACCUGGGUGCCAGCUGGUGGCGGGGCAUGUUGCUCCCCACAAUGGUGCCAGGCUUCCUUGGGGUCUGGCUCAGUGGGACUCGCUGGGUGGAGCUCACGGGGGGCAGCCAGUGGUCUGCAGGCCCAGAGGUCCAGCCUGAGGGGUGGGUGAAGCCGUGGGCCUGACCCUGGAGAAAGAGUGACACCACGGGGGAGGAAGGUGUCUGGCUCUGGGCCUCCCAAAUGCUAUUCCAAAGCUAGUGCCCCACAUGCCCCCUCCCUGGCCUCCCCCAGCUGCACAAUGCUGUAUUCUGCAAACAGGGAAACUGAGGCCCAGCUAGCAGGGACUCAAACUCAGAUCAGCCCAGGCCCGGUCAGGAGCCCUAACUGCAAGCCCAGCCUGCGAAUGCAGACACACUGGACUCCUGAGUUCUCUCCAUGGCGCUGGGAGGGGAGUGGGGUCUAGCGGUUAGCACAGGGGGUGCUGAGAGCCAGGACUCCUGGGUUCUAUUUCCUCUCUGACCGUGGCUCCACCGCUACUGUCUGUGGGAUCAGGCCCUUGGGCAGCAAUCAUCCCCUACCCCUACCCCUGCUUCGGGCCGCCAGGAAGCAGCUCUUCCCACGCAGCGGUACGGGUGCUAUGACACACACGCCAGCCCCUUCCCCUUGAAGAGCCCUGGUGACCUCAUAGAACUCUGCUGGAGGGGGGCCGAUGUCACGCGGCACUUGUGAGGUCACAGGGAGCAGCCAGGAGGAGUCACAGCGAGAGCUCUUCGCACGAGGAGCCAGUACCGAGUUCCAGCCCCUUGCUCUAGCGAACCUCCCCGGCACCAACAGCCUGCCCUUGGCACGAGGGCCCGGCCCUCGUCAGUGGAGCCCCUGGGGACCCGGCCCGGUUCGGACCAUGGCCAACGUGGUAGUGAAAACCAUCUGGCAGUCGAAGGAAAUCAACGAAGCUGGAGACCCCCCCUCUGGGGCGGAGACCCGAGCCCAGAGCACCCGGGACCUGCUGGGCAAAGCCAGCCCCAAGGCCUUCCCCAGGAAGAAGAAAGCCGUGUCCUUCCAUGGGGUGGAGCCCCCCCCGGCCAGUGAGGCCCCCCCCGGCCGCCUGAACCUGAAGCGCUCCUCAGCCUGCACCAACGUCUCGCUGCUGAACCUGACGGGUGACGACUCUGAGUCCAUGGACGACGGGUCUGGGCAGGGGGCCUCCCCCCUCAGCCCCCCCCUGCCCUCCAGGGACCCCGCCUGGUCUGAGGAUGACACCGACCCAUCCACUCCGCUGGUGAGAUCCCCUCCCGGAGACGCUGCCUGGGGAUACCGACCCCCCACCCCACUGGACAUGGUGAACAGUGGUCUGGUGCGCACCAAGGACUCCGUCACCAGCCUCAAGGAGCGGGCGUCCCGGGUCAACCGGCGGGUGCAGAGCCUCCAGGAGAGCUGCCGCAAGGUCAGCCGGUCGGUGGAAGAUGCCGAGAUCAAGACCAAUGUGCUCAAGAAAAGCUCUGUCCUGCUGGAGGCAGGGGGCCAUGCUGCGGACGAUCGAGCAGCUGGGGGUGCAGUGGCAACGGGGGCACCAGGAGCUGCAGGGGUGGUUGGACGAAGCCUUCAACAUGGCAAACUGCACGGCCCAGGCCCUGAGCCAGCUCCACGCAGACCUCGAGGGGCUGCGGCAGGUCAAGCCGCUGCUGGAGGACGUGGCCCGUCAGCUGGGGAGCCUCAGGGCCCUGGAGCUGCCCGACCGGCCCCCCACCAGCUGUGCCAGCCAGGGCUGCAUCAGUGCCCAGAGCCUGGGGCAGAUGGUGGAGUGCGCGGCGACGCCCCUGCUGGAGGAACUGAGGCAGUGCGGGCUCCCGGCCCCCUGCCCCGCCUGCCAGCGUCUGCAGAACAAGAUCCUGGAACUGGAGCAGGCCGCCUUGGAGACACACGCACGAGCCGAGACCCUGAGCUCCAACCUGCGCCUGGCCCAGGACGAAGCCCUGAGAGCCAAGACCUACGUGGAGCGGGUCCGGCUCAGCCCCCAGGAGAAGCCCCCCGGCCUGGACCCCCUCCACGCCCGGCUCAGCUCCCUGCAGGCCCAGCUGUCCCAGGAUGGGGGGCCCCAGACUCCGGCGCCACCUCCACCCCAGCAGCGCUGACUCCCACCACAGCCACCAAUAAAGUGCCUGCCCUGGCCCUGGGCCUGCAUCUCCGGCCCUGUGUGCGCAUGUGGGUCUUUGGGCAGGGGGGCAUCAACCCAGGGCUCUGCUGUAGGGUAGGGAUGCUGCUCUAGGGCAGAUACCUGGGGAGGGGGACAUCUAAUGACCCCCCGCACCAUGACAGAGGACUCUCACAUUUGUUGCUGUUGGACCUUUAUUGCCCGUCUGCAUUUGCAGCCAGCGACUCCACUCUCAGCCCCCGGGUAGGCCCUGCCCCCCUCAGAGUCCCCCUUUACAAACAACACAAAAGCAAACAAGUACAAAGCUGCCACAAGAAUUGGGUGGGGCCCUACCACAGACACCCCCUCAAUGGCUGCAGCCUUAGCUGAAAAUCCCAAUUUUGUUUUAUUGGGGGGGAGGUGAGUAUGGCAGUCUCCCCCCCAUUUCCUGGGGGCCCAUGGGAUAGCUGAAGUGUCAAUCAAUGUCUCAGCUGAGGGGGGGGGCUCUGUAGAAUGGGGGGGCCAGCAGGAGCUGGGAGCUUUGCACCCAUCCCGAGCAGUGCCCCCACACAGCUGUACCAGCUAGUACCAGGACAGGGAAACACCCCCUGGGCCAAAUCCUGCCCCCGGCA